UCGUCCUUGGGUUGCAGCCGCUCGCCCAACGCUGCAGCCAGCCUACAGCAGCCUAGGGGUGCACUUCCUCACCUCCUCGCUGAAAUUUGUGUGUCACAUGUUUGUUGUCUUUGCAAAAUGGAUCUGAGGGACGAUUCAGCUGAGCGAACGCCGCUACUGCAGGAGCAGUCUGAUUCAUCGUUUCCGAGCUACAACGUCCAAGCCAGGGAUGAACUGCCACCACCCUACAGUCCUCAGUACGCCACCCAGGGGAAUAUUGUUCCAUGCAGAGUCUGCGGCUAUGUCAUUGACAUCACCAAUCGACGAGACCAACAUGUGGUCAAGUGUUCUCGCUGUAAUGAGGCUACGCCGAUCCGCCAUGCACCUCAUGGCAAAAAGUAUGUGCGUUGCCCAUGUAACUGCUUACUGAUCUGCAAUGUAACAUCACAAAGGAUAGGCUGUCCGAGGGCCAAUUGCCAUCGAAUCAUCAACUUGGCUCCCAGUACGACCAACAUUCCUCCUGCCUCUGUGCCUGGACUUUGUCGAGUAUCCUGCGUUCAUUGCCAGCAAACUUUUUUGUUCAACACACUGAACAAUGCUCUGUCUCGAUGCCCUCACUGCAGAAAAGUAUCAUCUGUAGGGCCGCAGUUCGCCCGCACAAGAGGAAUUUUGUCGCUUAUCUUGGCUCUGGUUAUCUUAGCCAUCACACUUGGAAUCACACUUGGGACAUACCAGUAUGCUGUUGAAAAGAAGGGUAUUUACGUUGUCUAUGCUUGUGGCCUGAUUGCAUUCCUCCUGUUCCUGCUGCGCUCCCUUUAUUACCUCACCAUGAGGGUGUCUCAUAUUGAAGAGCCUGCGUGAAGUUUGAGUAAUCAUGGUGUCAAUGACAAGGCAUUGAAAGCCUUUUGAAAGUGGCUGCACCUUAUGCUCUGGUAUAUUCCUCCAAUAGCCCCUUCAUCCAGGUCUGAAAGCUGGAAGAAUUUUGACACUUCUUUUCUUGUCAUUUUUCUUUGUGUGUGCUGCAAUUGUGUACAUAAUAACAUUUGCCUUUUUAAGCAGUGGUAAGGUAGCUCUGUGGUGGGCAUUUUUUAGUUCUCGCAGAGGCCCCAGAUUGAAUGUGUGUUUGUUUUGUGACAUGUACUGCCUUUUCCUAUGUAAAAUUUGCUUUGCUAUUAAUUUUUGGACUGAUUGUUGAAUGGGAAAUAAAAGCACUGAAUUUUUCCCGACUUUGUAGUACAGGCAUGGAUGUGACAUGUUAUAUUUUGCUUCCUUUGACCAAGUGCUAUAAUGUAUUCUAGCUUAACGCAAUGCAAACCAGUAAAUAGUGGCGUAGUUACAUGCGUUGUUUGGACGGGGCCAGAUUCUGCUGAAAUCGCAUUAACUUUAGUGUAUCAUGGCCCAGUCAUUAAAAAUGGGAUGGGAUGUAACAAAGGGACUAUCUAAUUCUUCAGGCUUAACUUUCCGGUACCAAGAAACAAGCAAGCUAGUAGACUGAUUUUGGGGAGAAUGCUUCUUCAGAGAAAAGUAAAAAGAAUUCCGUUCCUGUUGUCUGUGGGCCCUUCUCAAUACUUUUAUCGACUUUAAACAGGCCUUAUAACUUGCUAGCUAGAGGUUGUUCCUAGGCAGCAUUGUUGAAACACGAUUAAGAAUAUUGUAACUUGUCUGACUGCUUGUUAACCAAGAACAUCUCAUAAGGCCAGUUGUUAACAUAGAUAUAUACCUCUCCAGUUGACAAAAUGUAUGAAUUUUAUUGUUUUUAAAUACUGCUGUGUGGCACUAAGAGCAAGUCAUUUUACAUGCAUUGAAUAGCCAUAUUGUACUCAGUCACAUUUCUGAGAUUGUAUCUAGUUUUGAUGACAUGACCGCGGCACUUUGGGUCCAGAAAUUUGGUACUAUAGUCAGUGAUGUUUGGUGUGGUUUGUUUAUUCUUUGCUAUUGUGUUCUGGCUGUCAUUGGAAGACUGAAGCGUUGUUUUGGCUCUGUGUAUGACAGAAAAAGAAAGUAUGCCUUGAAACUGGUGCUAUGGAGAGUGAGAGACUGUCUUACUAGGGUAUCAUCAUGGAUGUCAGCUAAUUGUUGCACAUGUGGAGAAUGCUGUAUGUUGUGGACUGAGGACUGCAUGGUUUCUUGACAGCUUCUGCAUGAAAGGCAUGAAAGGCCUAAAGUACCUGUCGGGAAAAUAGAUGAUCUUGUGCACCUGUACCUUCGAUGCAUGAAACUGCGGUAGCAAAAAAAGCCCUUGUGGUUAGAUUAUUGUCAAAGAAAGGUUGACGCUCCUCUUUGCAGGAGAAUGUUCCAUCGCCAUUUCAUAAUGCACACUGAUACCCAGGUCACGUGUAGUAGAGGUUCCAGCUGUGAAUUUAUUUAGAGCUUUUUGGAAGUGUUUUAUUUUUGGCAUGGCAAAAAAAGUUUUGUUCUUUAUCUGGAGAUACAUGCUUUUUAGUACAUAUUUGCUUUUUUUCUGUGCUGUAUUGUAUCAGUACAUAUUUUUAAAUAAAUUUUCUCCAGGCUGUGUGCUCUGCUGAAGUUGGA